GACGACAAAACGAGUCUUGAAACCGACUUCGAAAUGGACCAAUAGGGAGCCCAUUCUCGUUUUAACUGUGGACUAGUCAGGACGCGCGCGGUAUAGAUACAGAUCUGGCAGAUUUUGAUCGUGAUUUUAAAUUUGGAACAAAAAAAUAAAUGGAGAACAAUAUCUUUAGUGAUUAUGGCACUGGUAGUGGGAGCUCAGCAAGAUCGUCAUGGGCGAGCUUGGAUUCCUGGCCUUCAGCACUUCAGAAACAUCCGCAGUUCGGUAUGCUGGACGAACAACGCCAGUACCAAUCCGCAGACCUGUUAGACUUGAUGGCGAAACGAAGCACGCUGCAAGAAAUGAUGAGUGAAUUCAAAAUGAACGGACACGACUCUCCAUACAAUCCCGAGGAAGAUAAAAGGCCGAGUAGACCAGAGAACCAUAUUGGCAUGGGUCCAUCGAGUGUAUACCUGCGACAGAAGUCUUGGCCAGAACCAGAUUCUACUCCUGUGCAGCGCUUGCCGCGACCAAAGUCUGAGUGGAUCCAGUCCACCACUGUGCCGGAUCUUAUAAAGCCUCCAAUUUUCUUCGAUGAUGCCGUCGGCAAGACUUCGAAUGUGUACCAGCGGGAGAAGUGGUUUGAGCCUGAGCCGGAAAUGAUAACGUCGCAUCGGCUGCCACGUCCAAAGUCGGAAUGGAUUCCACCUACCAUUACGCCGGAUAUAACACAAACUCACAAAUUCUUCGAUGAUCUGGAAACUAUUUCGGCGGAGCAGGUGCGAGUAUUAAACUCGCUUCCCAACGCCGUGCUGUACGGCCUGCUCCGAGACCUGGAGCAGAGAAGGAACGAGCAAACCAGGCCCAAGCGAGUACGAGAUGAAUGCCGAUUCUGCAAGAACAACGGCGAGCGCGAAUCGUACUACCGUUCGCACGUGCUGAAGGAUGCGGACGGGCGCGUGUCGUGCCCGGUGCUGCGCAAAUUCGUGUGCAAGCGCUGCGGCGCGCGCGGCGACCACGCACACACCCUCAAGUACUGUCCGCUGAGCACGGAGGAAGAACGCAUGAAGUCCACAGCCAUGAUGCACAGCGUGCGGCUGGCGUCGGGGCGCCGGCGCGGGCAGGCGGAGGGCGACUACGUCAUGUUCGGCGACACCUCGCCCUCCUUCCUCCUCGACUACCGCUCCUGCGCCCCGCUCGACCCCGUCUGGGCCGACUUGGAGAAAAAGCUCACUUUAUAGACAUCGGUAGACCAGGUGACGCGGUUCUGUCUGGAGCCUGAAAUGAGCUGAUUUAUCCACUAAAUUACUUUCUGACAUCGCAAUCAGCGGUGUGACAGUACGUAGUAAGAAUAUUUGUCCUGAAGAACCGUAACCAUCUUAGCGGCUACAAUGCUUAUUAUGGAGGAUCUGUGCUCCGUCUCUUCAACUGAAGUUGAUUAUGUGCAUAUUGCGCACUGACUUAGUACCUAGUUACUACAUUGAUACUCAUAUUUUAUUGUUACAAGUUAUUUUUAAUUCCUUUCGACGUAUUAGAAAACUUACACAUCAGUGGUAUGUUACCUAUAAACUGCUAUUAGAGGUUCCUGUUUAAUUAAACUUAGAUAUAUUGUUAGUAUUAUAAUGUCAUACGAAAUCAUAUGAAGAUAUAGUAUGUAGAUAUAAGACUAUUAAUUUUGUUGCUUGGCUUAUGCCAAAAUUUAAUAUUUUAUGUGUCAUAUCAUUUAUAACUAAUAUAAGAUAAUUCUCUUAUCUGUUUAUAAAGUGACAUUUAAUGUUAUAAUUACCGAAUCGUUCCACUUAUUUAGAACUGUAAGACGUUGAUUAGUUUUAAAUGAAGACUUUAAAAUAAGAUUAACUUAGUGUUAAGUUAGGCACCUACUUAUCUUAUAGGUUUCCAAAUGACCAAAACAAAGAACAGACAUCAGUUAAAUACUUAAUUAAAUUAAUAUUUUACCUAUAGAGGGCUCAUGAACGUUACCCAAAAAUGGCAAAAUACUUAUAAUCAACUUUAUAAUAACAUCUUUUGUAUAUUUAAAGCAACAUAUUUAUUAAUAUAUCAUGUUUCAAUAUAGUAUUGACAGUAAUAUAUUACCUCGAAAUCAAAUCUGUUGUUUUAAAUGAAAAGUAUAAAUUUGAUAUACAGUUUAUUUUUUUAUCACUAUGGAAUCCGGCGUGUCAUUGUGCUAGUAUAUGUUUUUUUAUCAAAUGCCAGUAUGUAUAACCAUUGUAGAAGUAGGUAUACAUAAUUCUCAGUAUUACAGUACCUAUUACAUACUUAAAGGAACUAUUUUGUACAGGAAAAUACAACUCAUCAAUUAAGUAUGAAACUACUCUGCCCGUAUUGACAAAUAAACAGUAAUUUUUGUUAGAAUUAUUGAGUUUAUUUGUUCACAAGUGAGUCAUUUUUUCUAUGAUGGUUUAAAGUUGGUUUCAACUUUAGGUAUAUAUACUUAAAAAUUGUUAUUACGUUUUGCUAUUUUUUUAAAUGAUUUGCUAUUAUUAGCGUUGAUUCAUUAUCAUAUCAUUAAUCAUUUGCCUCAUCAGUCCUUAAAUACUUUCAAUGUCUUUAAUAAUGGUGUUGGUUUUUUUUGGAUCCAAUAAAUCACGGGGAAAAG